AUCGAUGGACGUAAUGGGCCAUUAGGAGAGAGGAGAGGAGACGGGCGAAACCAACAACAGACACAUUCAUCCCUAAACUGGGAUAUCAUUACAUUAUUUUAAGAUGAAAUCCAAUCACUUGGAUUAUCAUGGACGUCUCCGUUUCCCACAAGAUUUAAGUGAAUUGGCAAAACAGAUCGGUUCAGUUACAAAUCCCGCUAAUUCCAGAUUGGUUUAACCGAGGCUCAUUCGUUUGAGAUGACUGGAUCCCGCUCCUCUCGCGCCCAUUCACACUACGGGAAAUAGCCUACGACACACUAAACAACCGCGUUGAAAAUAUUCUGUAGUGAUGCGAUUGAGGUCCAGUGAUUAGGCUCCGUAAAGAAAUUCUCAAAUACAACCAACAAUGAGGAUUCCGUCUCAGUUCUGUCUCCUUUAGACCGUUUUUAUACUCCCUUUUUGGCCAUGAUUUUCCUGCGCAGCCUGCUACAGCUGACGGUGUUCCUGGUCCAGGGCAGUUGGAGGGGGGUAGCGCCGAGUCCCACGGAUGAAGGCGCACUGCGGGCGAGCCACGGAGACCACGGAGAGCCAGGCCACAAGGAGCCCCAUAAGGACUCAUACAGUACGUUCGCCUCGGAGUUCUUGGAGUCUAGACAUCUAUCGGAUGACGGCUACCCCUUCCCCACCGCCCCUCCUGUGGAUCCCUUCGCCAGGAUCAAAGUCGUAGACUGUGGAGUCACCAAGGGCUGCAUAAGGUAUGGGAAGCCGGGGUGUGAUGCAGAGACGUGUGACUAUUUCAUGAGUUACCGGCGGAUCGGGACAGACGUGGAGUAUGAGAUGAGUGCUGACACUGACGGCUGGGUGGCUGUAGGCUUCUCCUCAGACAAGAAGAUGGGAGGAGAUGACGUGAUGGGCUGUGUCCAUGACGAUAAUGGGCGUGUUCGUAUCCAUCACUUCUACAACGUGGGCCAGUGGGCUAAGGAGAUCAAGAGGAAUCCUGCCAGGGACGAAGAGGGUGUGUUUGACAACAACCGCGUGACCUGCCGAUUCAAACGGCCGCUCUACGUCCCUAGAGAGGAGACACUGGUGGAUCUGCAUCUCUCCUGGUUCUACCUGUUGGCCUGGGGCCCUGCUAUACAAGGUUCCAUCACACGUCAUGACAACGAUGCUCCGCCAGUCUCCGAUCACAUGAUCAGCAUCUAUAAAUAUGAGGACAUCUUCAUGCCGUCUACAGCCUACCAGACGUUCUCCUCACCCUUCUGUCUGCUGCUCAUAGUAGCCCUCACCUUCUAUCUGCUGAUGGGCACCCCCUGAGAGAGACGAGAUGAGAGGAAACAAGAUUAGAGGAGACGAGAUGAGAGGAGAGAAGAUGAGAGUGGAGACAAAAGGAGAGAAGAGACAACAAAUUAACCCAGAGAGAGGAGAGAAGAGGAGACGAGAGGAGACAAGUGGAGAGAUGAGAGGAGAAGUAGAGAGAAGAGGAAAGAGACAGCAAUAAGUCUGAGAGUUCAUUUUAUUUCUGUCUGCCACACCCUCAAUGCAGGGUGCUCUUUACACAGAAUUACACUAUAAAUAUAUAUUAAUAAAUAUAUACAGUAGGAUACUAUAUAAAAUUUACAUUGAGGACUCAUCAGGAAGCUUGCAAAUCAUUCUGAAAAUUGUACUGUGCUACCAUAACAACAUACACUAACCCAUUAGUCAGAAUAUCUGAAAUACUGUGUGUUUCUAGAGAACAGUAGCAUAACCUUUAGUUUUGGCAAGGUAUUUCAUUUAGUGUAUUUAUGUUUACGACAGUAAGGUAUCACACUCCUGACAACAAGUAUUACUCCAACGCAUGUGGCGAAUCACAACUGGACCCUGAAUAUGUGAAGAACCUACGGACACGAUACAAGGAGACAUUACACACUGGGACAGACUACCGAAACUGGAGAGAGACUUCACUUAGAGAGAACCAUCCAGAUUGAUGUGAGCCAAAGAAAGGCAGACGGCUCAUAGUUUAUUAUCCUGCUGAAACAUACUGCUUCUGUAUGCAGCCAUGCUUUACAGAACACUCAUUCUCCACAGGGAAAUACAGUAUUAUUAGUCGUAGUAUUAUAGUAUUUGUAUACAGAAACUAAGACUAGGUGGUUGAACAGAUGUUUUUUUGUUUGUUUCAGCCCGUCUCACUGAGUAACACUGAACUCUAUACUGUAUUCCACAAUGCCAUUUUACAUGCUGAUGAUUAAGACAGGGUUCUCUUUUCUCUAUGUGUGAGAGGGUCCAUUUUCUUAGGACUGCUUUAUUCCACCACGUGCUUGGUCAUGUUUCAUUUGUCUGUGGCGAGGUGUGUGUGUGUGUGUGUGAUCACUGUUUGCUGAUGAUAGGGCAACUGACUGUAUGAUUGAUGGUGCAUGAUUCCUUUGUAGAUAUGCAAUAACACACCCAUCAGCACUGAGGCUGUAGUGGACAUGAUGACAGCCAGGGACAGGGGCUCUGUCUGACAGCUUGCCUUGGCCCUGCAGCAUAUGGCCUAACGCUGAAGGAAUCUACGGCACAGAGUCCAGUUGUAUUUGUACCGUUCACUGAACCAUUGUGUUCCAUGGAAAUGCUUCCUCGCUGAAACAGUGUUUAGUGUCUAACAUGCAAGUGUUUUUGUUAUCAAUAAAGCUGUGUUCAGUAAAAAUACA